AUGGAUGUCCAGGACACCCAGGACCCCGACAAAACAAUCUUCUCACUCACGUUCUCCGAGCUGGUCAACGUCGCCAUCCCACAGGGCGGGGUGGUGAACUUCAAGGCCCUGCACCUCCUGCUCCAGGGCAUCCUGGAGCACAUCCACAUGGCCGAGCUCAAGAAGGUCCUCUCGGGGGACGAGGACUUCCUCCAGACCUCGCAGGCCGUGUUCAUGCCACGGGAAGGAGACGCCCAGUCCAUCCUCAACCCCUUGAAGGGGCUCGGCAACAUCUUCGACCACGUGGUGAGCCGCAUGGACAACAUAGAGAGCCAGCCUGCUCUGCUGCAGGAACUGCCCUCCACCUCCCAGCUGCUGGAGGCCAGCCAGGGCACUCGCCAGCCCGCCCGGGACCUGUGGCACCUGAUAAAGCUCCGGAAGAUGGUGGAGGGCAACGAGGAAGCCAUGGCCAAGGCCAUGAAGACCCUGCAAGAUUUGCUCACUGACAUUUACUCUCUCAAGGCCACCACUGAAACCCUCAGGAAGGAUGUGGCCAUGCUGAAGGACAUGUUUGACAAGAUGCAUCUGGAAAAAAUGGAUAUUUUCUCUGAAGAUUUGAAAAGGCAGGACCGGAAGAUGAGUGCAUUACAGCAGGAAGUGGCUUCUCUCCAGAACAAGGUAAUCACUAUCCCCCAAACUGAAGACAUAGUACUCUGGAGCAGCCUCCACGAGGCCAUGUUCACCCAGGAACAGGCUCCAUCACUGCUGGAAGAUUCCGAUCUGUGGCAGGUUGUGGAAGAGCUCCCAGAGACUGACUUUCCCCAGACCACCAGGUACCAUGAAGCAGUCGGUCAUGGCCAGGUCUCUGAGGCCAUCCAGCACCCCAAGUUCCUGGAGACUACCUGGCAUCACCAAACCCAAGGCCCGCUGCCGGAGGAGGGGUCUGUCCAAGCAGCUCCCCCCUCUGGGGUGCAGGAGCCCCAGAAAGGGACACUCAAGCUCUCAGCUAUCUCAGAAAAGGAAGAAGAUGACUCCCUCCAUGUGGGAGUCCUUCAGGAUGGAGCCCCCAGGGCUGGGGCCCCCAAGAAAGCACUCCAUAAGGGACCCCCGCCUGCCUUUCAGCAGACAAAAUACAACACUGCCACCAUGGCUGCAACGACUUCAGCAGCUCGGUCAGCUAAGGCUGCCACCAGGCUGGUCGAGGACGCCCCUGCCACCAAAUUGGCAAGCAAAGCUAUGAUCACAGCCUCAUCCGGGCCUUUAGGAGUCCUUGCAAACAUCCUGGGUGCAGGGUCCUUCCGUAGGCCCAUGACCUUCACCGAUGACAGUGAGACAGAAGACUUGCAGGAGAAGGACUUUGAGGACAUCCUCUAUCCCUCAUUCUCUCCUGCCAAUGUCCCUCCCGACAUGGCCCUGUCCCAGGCCAUGCUGGCUGCCAGACAGGCUGUGACCCCUGAAGACAAGAAGAAGGCCGUCAGGCAUUCCAUGAACAACAUAGCCCAGAUGCCUAUUAGACACGACACCCUGAAAGGAGAGUUUGCCCAGAUGUCAUCCAACCUGCAGCAGCGCAUGACUUAUCUAGCUAACAUGGGAGCCUCUUCCAAGCUUGGGACAACCGUGGAUGUAUUGCAAGAAAAGAUUGGCAACCUCCAGAAAUCCAGGAUGAAGGAGGAGGAACUCGAGAGAAUUUGGGGCCACCAAAUAGAGAUAAUAAAGGACCACCACAUUGUGCUGGACAAGGCGGUGGAGAAGCUCCAGAAGCGUCUGGAUGACUUAAAGAUUGUCCAUUCUCAAAUCAGAAACCUAGAAAUGUACAAGGCAGACAAAAGUGUGAUGGAGCAGGAGCUGAAAGAGAAAGCUGACCGGAGUACCCUGGCAAGCAAGGCAAGCCGGGCCGACCUGGACACAGUGGCAAUGGAGCUGAAUGAGAUGAUUCAGGGCAUGCUGUUCAGGGUCGUGGCCAAUGAGGAUGACUGGAAGAAGGCUGUGGAAGAGCUGGGCAAGGACAUACGCACCAAGCUGGUUCACAGUGAUUUGGAUGAUCUAAAGAAGGACAUGGACGAGGUCUGGAAAGUAGUCAGGAAGCUGCUGAUUGAAGGCCUCCGAUUUGACCCCGACAGUGCUGCUGGCUUUAGGAAGAAACUGUUUGAGCGGGUGAAAUGCAUCUCUUGCGACCGGCCUGUGGAAAUGAUGACCGGCCCGCAUCUCAUCACCAUCCGCAAUGCCCACCUGCUGUCGCGACGGCAGCCAGCCAGUGCCAACAGCCACGAGUACCUGCAGCAGCAACAGAUGAGGGAGCAGCAGCGGCUGCAGAAGCUCCAGAAUGUGGGAGCCCAGGAGGAGUGCCUGGGCUCGCUGGGCUCUCAGCAGGACUGGGGUGAUGGCCCUGGAAACGACACCAACCUCAAGUUCAAGUCAUGUGAACUGUCGACACUCUACCCCUACGGGGACCCCGAGCUGCUGGACUAUGACACUGCCGAGGUAGACAUCCUGGGAGUGGACGGCAUCCUGUACAAGGGCCGAAUGAGCAACAAGGACAAGAUGUGGCCGGUGGCUGGCAUGGAGAAGGAGCUGGCAGCUGUGAAGGUUCCGCAUCCCCCGGCUCGAAACCCAUAUGAAGGUGUGCACCCAAGUGCCUUAUUCGGCUCCAUCUACCCCCCCUUGCCUCCCCAUGCCAGCAUGGGAUCAGCCGCUUCAGGCCCCCAUUCGAUGAUGCCAGCUCCACCACCGUCUCUGCCACCCCUGCCACUGCUGCCACCGCCAAUGCCGUCCCUGCAGGAUCCCCAGCCGGCCUCAGGGCCUGCCAGGCACCUGAGGCCACUGCGCCUCGAGUUCCAAGCCAGCACGCAGUCCGCCAAGGAGCCCACCAACCGGUGAGCCCUGGGCUUGUGCCCCGACAGCGCCUGCGUUUCCUCCCUGCCCUUCCCACCCCUGCCUCUGGCGGAGACCACGCCCUGAGCCUGGCCUGGGGAAGGACUUAAGGGAGGGGUCUCCAUAAGGGACUCUUUUUGACCCAGUGGC